UAUCAAGAAUGCGUUCGUUUACUAUUAGGUUUUACUUGUGAAUUAUUUUACUUACAAAAAAAAUUAGUGCAUAUAUCAAAUAAGAACUAUCUGAAAUGGUGUACAUACACUUUCCAACCAAUCUGACGGAGGAGGAGCAGAUGCUGCAAGCCAAGUAUCAGAAAUUAAAAAAAAAGAAAAAGGCAUUGCAAGCGCACAAAGCACCCAAGCAAGAGCCCGAGAGUGCAUUAACAUUAAAGCGACCAACAGAUGCGCGCGAUGCACGAGAAGUGGCUCGAAAGCUCAUCAAGAGUGGCGCCAUUCCCGCCAUUCAAAAGCAACAAACAAAACAGGAUCAAACUUCAUUUAAGCGCCCAAAGGGUCAAGAAAGAGCCAAACGCUCCACAUCGGAGACAACUGUGGCCGCCUACCAACCCUUCUCGUCGACCCAAAACGAUGUGGCUCAAGAAACGAUAAUUAGCGAAAUAAUAAAAGAGGAACCGCGCCGUCAAAAUUUAUAUCAGCACUUUGCAACGGAACGGGAUCGAGAGGAACGCGGCUUGACGGAAAAGGCAACUUUGGACACAGCACAGCCUGAGAAACCACGUGCUGGCAAUACAAUCUUUGUGUCUGGCAACAAGGUCACCGAGGAAUUCCUCAAGAAAACCUUCAAUGACUACGGCACUAUUGUGAAUGUAUCCAUGGAAAUUGAGAAGAGUCGCGGUUUUGUUUCAUUUGCCAAGCCAGAAUCAGCGGAUCGAGCUAUUGCUGAGAUGCAUGGCAAGAGCGUUAAUGGCAUCGUUUUGCAAGUGCAACUGGCGCGUCGCCAACCACAAAUUGAACCCAUCAACGAUGCUUCCUCCUCUGCCGUGUGGUCAUCCAUUGCUGCUAGUAAAUCACAAAAGGGCAGCCACAAGGAUUUACGGCAAAUGGUUCAAUACGAUGAGGAUUUCUUUGCGUAAACACAUUAACACAUCUGUAGUUAGGCAUACUUAAACGAACACUUCAUCAUCAUUUCAACCAUAUUAUGCAUCA